UGAUUUUUGGGCAGGCGAACUCAACGGUCCUCUGUUUCCUGCCUGUAUCCGGGUCCUGUAUGGAAGCCCGUGCGAGGCUGUCCCGGAGACCCCGCGCUGCCUGCACCUCUAUCGUCUCGGUUGACAUGGACGAUGAAGAUGGCAGGUGCCUGCUAGAUGUCAUUUGUGACCCAGAAGCACUCAACGAUUUUCUUCAUGGAUCAGAGAUACAUCUGGACACUGACGACCUUUUGGAUGGCUCUAACGACCCCUCCAGCUCGUUCUUCUCUUCUGUUGGGUGCCACGUUCCAGAGGUCCCACCCCCAGUCCAGCUGUCGUCCAAUGAGCAGCAAGGCCUGCCCCGGGUCAGCGUGGACCUGGACUUCCUGGAAGAUGAUGUCAUCCUGGGCGGGUCGCCGGGCGACGACGGUAGCAACGCCAUGGAGCCAUGCGACAUCCUGCAGCAGAGCCUGGCGGAGGCUAACAUUACAGAGCAGUCCCUGCAGGAGGCCGAGGCAGAGCUGGACCUGGGCUCCUUCGACCUCACCAUGCCAGGUCUGACUCAGGUGGUCCAGACCCUGCCCUGUACAGACAGCCUGACUGGGUCUGGAGGGACCGCUGUGGGGGUGGGGCUCUCCAUCUUCCCUGAAGCUCAAGGCUCCUCCCCUCCCCAGGCCACAGCUGACAUGCUGGGCUCGGUGCUGGCCCAACAGGGCCUGGAGUUUGGGCCACAGGUCAUGAACAAGGCCCAGGCCAUCAGUAUGCAGCCUUUCAUGCAGCAGGUGGCAGGCCUGGGUAACGUCACCCUUCAGCCAAUCACCUCCCUCCAGGCUCUACCUAACGGCUGUCAGUCAGGACACCUGGGGCUGGGACUGGGGCAGAUACAGGUGAUGGGCCAGCCCACUGUGAUGACUAUGAACCAAUCAGGACAGUCCAUCCUGGCCAAGGGUAUGGGAGGAUACCAGCUGCACCAGCCUGGCCCCGAGGUACAGGGGGCUGGUGGGCAGGGUGGACUUGGAGGAGGACUUCUGAUCCAAGGGGGAAAAGCCACUCUGGGACCUCCUGCUUUAAACGGACCAGCGGUGUGCGGUACCACAGGAACCUUGGUUGGGUUCAGUAGCCCCGGACUGGCACAACAUGGGCAGAACCAUCCCCAAGGACAGAUCAUGCAGAACUUGAUCGUCCAGCGAACUCCGACCCCCAUCCAACCCAAACCCCCUCAGGGGGGCGCAGCCAUCCAGCCCAAACUGUUUAAGCAGCAGCAGCAGGCCCAGCCACACGCCUUCCAGAAUGAAGCCAACAAGGCUCUAGGGGUGCAGCAUGUCCCUGUCUCCACUGCCCAGAAUGUAGCCUUCCUGACAGGCAAGCCUGGCGCCAACGUGGUCCUGACCUCCCAGGCAGGGCUUCCCCAACAGGCUCUGUUCAAACAGCAGACAGCCCACCACCCUUCUGGGAAAGCACUCAGUGUCCACCUGCUCAACCAGCCCGGCAGCAUCAUGCUGGGGGGCCAGAACCACCAGUUCCUCCUGCCACAGCAGCUAGCCGGGGGUCAGAUCCUCACGCAGCACCCUGGGGGCCACAUCAUCACCUCCCAGGGGCCUGGGGGCCAACUGAUAGCCAAUCAGAUCCUGGCUCAGCACCAGAACAUCAACCUGGGCCAGGUGCUGAUGUCUCAGGGCCACAUCCAGCUGCAGCCGGGUCAGAUGGGUGUGGGACAUCAGCUUUUCCAGAUGCCUGUUACCCUCUCCCAGAGCCAGACCCACCCGGUCACGGGCCACCAGGCCCACACGGUGAUCCAGGGCAUGCCCCUGCAGAACUCCCUGGCCAUGCUGAGCCAGGUGGAGGGGGUGAGUCCUGCUGUCAGCCUGCAGCCCGCUCUGCAACCGCAGCCGGGGGGCGUUCCCAGCAGCGGGAUGGGUGGGGCAGCUGCCAUGGCACAGGGCCAGCCUGGGGAGAGUGGGAGCUGUACAGACCAGGCAGCCCAUCCUGGACAACCCCCCCAACACUCCUCCAUCCUUUCUAUGCAGACUGGGCCCUCUGUCUCUGUGGCUGUCUCUGUCUCCUCCUCUUCUCCAUCCUUAUCUGUGUCCUCCACGUCAGCCCAGCAACAACACAGCCCCGGGAGCAGGGUGCUCUUCACAGGGCCACAGGGCUCUAGCAUGAUCCUCAGCCAGGAACACCUACAGAUGUUUCUCCAGCAGAUGCCCCAGGCGGCUGGACAGCAGUUGAAGCUCCAGAGCCUGUCCCCCUCCCAGCCCCUGGCCUCCCACACUGCUCCCCCUCUGUCGGACAGCCCUCAGCCCUCCCCCUUCCCCCUGCAGUCCCCCCACCACCAUGGCCAGUCCCGCACCCCCUCCCAGCCACAGACCCCUGUCCGCUCCUGCACCCCCUCAUCUCUUCCCCCAAUGUUCAUUAUCCACAACCAGAUCCCUGGCUCCCCCCAGCCUGCACAACAACAACAACAACAGCAGCAGCAACAGAUGCACAUCCAGUCCCGGCCCCCCUCCCAGCCUGCUCCCUACCAACCUGACGUCCCCCCUCCCACCUGCUCUCCCAAACCCUCCCAGACUCUCCAGGGCCCUCCUGCAGGGUUCCAAUUUACGGUGCCUGAGGUGGGGGCCCCCGGGGGUGGAGUGGUGAAGACCCAGGCUCAGCCCAUCGCUCAGCCCUCUCCACAACAGAAACUACAGCAGGUCCAACAGAACAUUUUACUACAGGCCAAACAACAGCAGCACAGCCAACCCCAAACUCCACCCCAACAACAAGCCCAGUUCAGCUCACAGCAAGAUGUGCCUGCUCUUCUGAUCCCACAACAGGCCCAGUCCAGCUCACAGCAAGAUGUGCCUGCUCUUCUGAUCCCACAACAGGCCCAGUCCAGCUCACAGCAAGAUGUGCCUGCUCUUCUGAUCCCACAACAGGCCCAGUCCAGCUCACAGCAAGAUGUGCCUGCUCUUCUGAUCCCACAACAGGCCCAGUCCAGCUCACAGCAGGCGUCUGUGCUGGUCAAGACUCCUGCCACAGCAUCCAAUGACGUGCAGGUGUUCUCCGGAGUGCAGGGUCAAGGCGGAGUUGAGGUGAACCAAGGGGGCGUGGCUCCAGCUAGUUUUAACCAUCCUCCCGGUCAACAGUCACUACACCAGUCUGUGCAGUCAAAGACUGAAGGACUGAUCGGUCAGAUGGGGGUGAGGAGCCUGGGGAUGAUCCAGGUGAUCGGGUCAGGUCUGGGUCAAAUGACGUCAACACAGCAGCACACCCCUGGUCUGGUCUCGCUACAAACACAGACUGCUACUAUGAAGAUGCCUUUCAGUAUUGCUGAACCCAGCAAGGAAGCCAGGAUGUUGGAGCAGCUGAGGAAGCAGCAGGGUUCAGUCCUCCACCCAGACUACAGCUCUUCCUUCCAGUGUUUUGAAGACACCCUGACCCGCCUGGUGCCUUACCACCUCUACCAGGGCACCGCCACCGCACCACACGACUACCACAGAGUGGAUGAUGAGUUUGAGAGUGUUUCCAGCCAGCUCCUGAAGAGAACGCAGGCCAUGCUGGAUAAAUACAGACACCUGCUUUUUGAGGAGUCAACGCGCCUUGGCCCGUCAGCUGAGAUGGUAAUGAUGGACAGGAUGUUUAUUCAGGAGGAGAAGAUCUCUCUUGGACAGGACCGCAUCCUCGCCAGGGACAGACCUGAGGAGUACGUUGCCAACUCGAAGCUGCUGGAGCGGGAGAGUGUAGCUGCCAGGGUGCCCCAGUCUGCUGAGCCCAGCGUCGUGUGGAGUCGUGUAUCUGUGGCAGGGACAGAUACAGGUCCUACCCCCAUCACAGCUUCAACACCGGCCCACUUCCCCUCCACCAAGCUGGUGAUAAAGCAGGGAGGAGCGGGGGCAUCUGCCUCCUGGUCCAGCUCCCCAGCUCCUGUAGCCAGGUCGGGGUCAGGGGUCAGACAGACAGUUGACACCCAGAGUCACAGCUCCUCCUUCAGCCACGGUCCUCCGCCUCCUUCCUCAUCCAGCUCCUCCUACCGCUCCUUCUCCUCCAACUCCUCCUACCGCCCCUCCUCUCGUCCAGCUGAUGAUGAUGAUGAUUCUCUCCCCCAGAGGACCAGUAAACCUCCCAUGAAGACUUACGCCGCCCGCCCACGCAUCGGCUUGAAGCUCAAGAUCAAACAGGAAGCGGGGUUUAGUAAGGUGGUACACAACACCGCCCUCGACACACCAUCCACACCCCAGCCUCAAGCCCAACUACACCCCACCACCCAGCCACAAUCAGCACUGACGCACCCAAAAGCCCGAGCCGUAGCAGCACUAGCCACGCCUCCUUCUAUAACUACUGUCAUUAGGACUCCACCCCCUACCUGUAAUGCCACUUCCUCGGCAACGGUCUCCAUAGAAACCACACAGGCGACCCCCAUCCCCCUCCAGAGAGUCACAGCCCCCCCACCCCCCUCCUCCUAUCACCCUUGGUCUUCAUCAUCAACGACAACACCAUCCUCAUCCUCUUUCACUGCUCAGAUUAACGGAACGUUAGAACAUCACAAUGUGGGUGGAGUCGAGCGUAACCCCGCCUCCACGGUCACUCCUCCUCAGACCACUUGCCGCCUACCGCUAAGGAAGACUUACCGGGAGAACAUCAGCCCGCGCGUCCGACCGGGCGUACCGGGAGGAGGAGGAGACAGUGUCCCGUACCCCCGUCCCUCCCCCUCACCCCCCAAAUCUCCCCUCCCGCCCUCCUCACCCUCUGCCCUCUCGGAGCGGACAGUGAUCGCCAACGUGAAGUUGGAGAAGAGAGGAGGCAGCUCCAGGGAGGUGGGCUCCCACGCCCACACAGAGCCCAGCCGAGAGGCCCCAAGGCUGGGGAACUCCACCUCCUCCUCCCCUGGCUUAGGUCUGGAGGUGUUGUACCGCGGCAUCAAAAACACAAACACCCACCCUCACCUCUCAGACAGAACCAGAGACGGUGAGGGGGAGCAGGGGGACAGAGGAGGGGACAGAGGAGGGGACAGAGGAGCGGACAGAGGGGGGGACAGAGGAGCGGACAGAGGGGGGGACAGAGGAGCGGACAGAGGGGGGGACAGAGGAGCGGACAGAGGGGGGGACAUGGGGAGGUGUAAAAGGGUGAGCAGUAAAAACCAUCAGAGGUCAGGGAGUGGAACGUUCAGAAUGGACCAGCAUGCCCCUGGGCCCCCGUCCACGCCGCCAGAUGCUUCCUGUUACAGAGACUCAUCACUUCCUGCUAAGCGCUGUAAGUCGGACUCCCCUGACAUGGACAACGCCUCCUUCUCCUCCGGUUCCCCGCCACACGAUGAGUCUCUUAACGAGCACCUGCAGUGUGCUAUCGACUCCAUCCUCAACCUGCAGGGCCAGGUCCAGGGGCCCCCGCCGCGCGGGUCUAAAGGGGGCCCCGUCAGGCCACAGCGCGCCAUGGGCCCCCAGUCCUCCUCAAACACACACAGACCCUCCUCCUCUUCCUCAUCCUCCUCCUCUUCUCAGGUUGGAGGCAGAGGACGCAAUGGCGGCCUGGUGCCACAGACUCAAGGCAGAUAACACACACACACACACACACACGGGACAGUAGAGACUGAAGAGGAGGAGAGGCGGACAGAGACGUCUCGCUGUGUUUUAAUGAACCGUUUGUCCAUUUAAAUGUAGUCUACUUUACAACAUGACCCAAUGCUCACAGUCUCUCCAUGGAUGAGUGGAUGAUGACUCUCUCUCUCUCUCUCUCUGUGUGUAAAAAGGUAUCGUGUUUUACUCUGGAAGUCUCCUCUGCUCUCUCUCCAAUCCACGCUCAAUCAUUCAUUAGAAUAAUUAGUCUUGGUUUUUCAUUCACAGGCUGUAUUCCCAUUACAUUCCUUAGGUCGUCAUGGUCUGUCUGUCUGUCUCCUGGUGAAGAAAUAACACCGUGGUCAUGUUCACUAGGUGAAACAGGUGAAAAAGAAUCUGAAACUAUACAAACUAGUCCAAUAAGAACACAGAUUUUGUUUUUCUGUUGCAAACGGUUUUACUACGGUGUGCCCUACUGAACACUAUUGAGGGGACACUCCCUACAGCCUGCGGUCACUAGGUAGCCCACACCAGGAAGAGAGAGGUCUGGUUUAGAACGCCCUACAGCCUGCUGUCACUAGGUAGCCCACACCAGGAAGAGAGAGGUCUGGUUUAGAACGCCCUACAGCCUGCGGUCACUAGGUAGCCCACACCAGGAAGAGAGAGGUCUGGUUUAGAACGCCCUACAGCCUGCUGUCACUAGGUAGCCCACACCAGGAAGAGAGAGGUCUGGUUUAGAACGCCCUACAGCCUGCUGUCACUAGGUAGCCCACACCAGGAAGAGAGAGGUCUGGUUUAGAACGCCCUACAGCCUGCGGUCACUAGGUAGCCCACACCAGGAAGAGAGAGGUCUGGUUUAGAACGCCCUACAGCCUGCUGUCACUAGGUAGCCCACACCAGGAAGAGAGAGGUCUGGUUUAGAACGACCUACAGCCUGCUGUCACUAGGUAGCCCACACCAGGAAGAGAGAGGUCUGGUUUAGAACGCCCUACAGCCUGCUGUCACUAGGUAGCACACACCAGGAAGAGAGAGGUCUGGUUUAGAACACCCUACAGCCUGCUGUCACUAGGUAGCCCACACCAGGAAGAGAGAGGUCUGGUUUAGAACGCCCUACAGCCUGCUGUCACUAGGUAGCCCACACCAGGAAGAGAGAGGUCUGGUUUAGAACGCCCUACAGCCUGCUGUCACUAGGUAGCCCACACCAGGAAGAGAGAGGUCUGGUUUAGAACGCCCUACAGCCUGCUGUCACUAGGUAACCCACACCAGGAAGAGAGAGGUCUGGUUUAGAACGCCCUACAACCUGCUGUCACUAGGUAACCCACACCAGGAAGAGAGAGGUCUGGUUUAGAACGCCCUACAGCCUGCUGUCACUAGGUAGCCCACACCAGGAAGAGAGAGGUCUGGUUUAGAACGCCCUACAGCCUGCUGUCACUAGGUAGCACACACCAGGAAGAGAGAGGUCUGGUUUAGAACGCCCUACAGCCUGCUGUCACUAGGUAACCAACACCAGGAAGAGAGAGGUCUGGUUUAGAACGCCCUACAGCCUGCUGUCACUAGGUAACCAACACCAGGAAGAGAGAGGUCUGGUUUAGAACGCCCUACAGCCUGCUGUCACUAGGUAGCCCACACCAGGAAGAGAGAGGUCUGAUUUUACCGUAUCAUCACAUACAGAUCCAUGUGUCUUCUUUCCAUAUCGGGAUUUCUAUCAGCAUCACAAAUAGAGUUUCUGGUUCAGCCUGUUGUCCAUGUGUCCCCCAGGUCAACUGUCCUCUUCUCCUGUUGUCCAUGUGUCCCCCAGGUCAACUGUCCUCUUCUCCUGUUGUCCAUGUGUCCCCCAGGUCAACUGUCCUCUUCUCCUGUUGUCCAUGUGUCCCCCAGGUCAACUGUCUUCUUCUCCUGUUGUCCAUCAUCAUAUUCAUGGUGUAUCACUGGUUUUAAUAGUGAGGUGACUGCUCUCUGACUGACUGUUGUGGGUUGACUGUUGUGGCUUCUCUCUGACUGACUUGUGGGUUGACUGUUGUGGGUUGACUUGUGGGUUAAUCUCUGACUGACUGUUGUGGGUUGACUGUUGUGGGUUGACUACUGUGGGUUGCUGUCUGACUGACUGUUGUGGGUUGACUUGUGGGUUAAUCUCUGACGGACUGUUGUGGGUUGACUGCUGUGGGUUGCUGUCUGACUGACUGUUGUGGGUUGACUGUUGUGGGUUGACUGCUGUGGGUUGACUGCUGUGGGUUGACUGUGGGUUGCUCUCUGACUGACUGUUGUGGGUUGACUGUUGUGGGUUGCUCUCGGUCUCUAAUGGAACCACAUUACUGUAUUGGUGAGGUGCUAAUGAAGACGUGGUGAUGAAAUCGCCUGUAUGGUAAAACACAUCUCUUCUGUUGUGAAUGUCUCUGGUUGUCCUGGCAACUGGUCUUUCUGUCCGGUUCAAUAUGUUCGAUGCAUUUCAGUCAACACACAGACGGCCACCCUUACCCCCCCAUCAAUGUCCAUCCAUCCCUCUCUUCCUCCAUGUCAUCCCUCUCUUCCUCCAUGUCAUCCCUCUCUUCCUCCAUGUCAUCCCUCUCUUCCUCCAUGUCAUCCCUCUCUUCCUCCAUGUCAUCCCUCUUCAAAGCCCAGUGGAGAAGUCAAACCCAAACGCAGCGAGAGCAACAACAACAACAACAUGGACAAACAAACUAAUGUACAACAAAACCUGAAGAGAAUUGGUAGUAUAUUAUUACAGAUUAAUUUUGUAUUGUAUUUAUUGUGUAUAAUGACACUUUUUAAAAAAUAAAUGUACAUUUAGUAAAACUGUAAA